UACCAAUGAAAUGGGUCGCUUAUCGUCUUAUUUUAUCAUAAUCUGUUAAUUUAGUAGAUAAUAUGGAUUAAACACUCUGAUGUAAUUUUAAUUGUGGAGUUUAAGUCGUGUUUUAUGUCCAUGUGCCUGUGUUGAACGUCUACAAUGAAAAUAUUUUGCGUGACUUUAUUUUUUUGCUUUUCGCAAUCAUACGGAUGGGAUUAUAAGAAAAAGUUAUUUCCGAGUGAUUUCCGUUUCGGCGUGUCUACGUCAGCAUAUCAGAUCGAAGGGGCUUGGGAUGAGGAUGGCAAAGGAGAAAGCAUAUGGGACCGUUACGUCCACACUCACCCAGAGGUGAUAGCGGACGGAUGGAACGGUGACAAUGCUACGGACUCAUACCACCUCUACAAGCGUGACGUGGAGAUGCUCAGAGAGCUUGGUGUUGACCACUACCGGUUCUCAAUAUCUUGGCCAAGGGUUCUGCCUAACGGACACAUCAACACCAUAAAUGAGAAAGGCCUUCAGUACUAUGACAAUUUGCUGGACGAACUGAUCAAAUAUAACAUAGCAGCCAUGGUGACGAUGUACCAUUUUGACUUGCCUCAACGUCUCCAGGACCUGGGGGGCUGGACUAACCCAGAGAUCAUCCAGUGGUUUGAAGACUAUGCUAGGGUUUUAUUCGACAGAUAUGGCCAUAAGGUGAAAUACUGGAUCACUAUCAACCAGCCGGAUGUGUGCUUCGAUGCGUACGGUGGAAACAAAAUGGCGCCCGCUGUAGACUUGAAGGGUACAGGAGACUAUGUGUGUGUCAAGAAUAUGAUGUUGGCGCAUGCGCGGGCCUAUAGACUCUUUGAGAAAGAGUAUAAGAGUCGGUCUGAGGUGAACGCUAAGUUGGGUCUGUCCGUGUCGAUCAACUGGUUUGAUGCUCCCGACUACAGCACCUCCGAGAAUGAGGAACUUGAAUUAUAUCGAGCGUUUUCUUUCGGUUUAUACUUGCAUCCAAUUUGGAGUGAAUCUGGUGAUUUUCCGCCGUCAGUGAAGAAAGCAGUUGCCAAGAAUAGCAAGGCUGAAGGCUUAUCCAAGUCACGGCUGCCAGAACUGACUGCUGAGGAAAUCAAGAUGCUGAAGAAAUCAGCCGAUUUCAUAGGCAUGAACCACUAUACGACUUUCUUCGUCAAUAAGACUGAGAGUGGAGUGAGGUCUGGCCUGCCUUACAGUUUCCCUGAUAUCGAGGUGCAUGUGUCUCAAUCAGACAAGUGGUUGCCGUCCAAAUCAGCUUGGUUGAAGGGGGUACCGUACGGUCUUUACAAAUCCCUUUUGUACCUGAAUCGUGUGUACAACCGUCCACCCAUCUUCAUCACCGAGCAUGGCUGGUCUACCGACCCAGGGCUUCAUGAUACCAGCAGGAUUAAUAUGAUGAGGGAGUACAGCAGAGGUUUGCUGUUCUCACUGGAAGAUGGAACCGAUCUCCUUGGUCUGACUGUGUGGUCACUCAUGGAUAACAUUGAGUGGACUGCUGGUACUAGCGAACGAUUCGGCCUCUACGAAGUGGAUUUCGAUUCACCCGAGAAGACGAGAAUUCCUCGUGUGUCGGCGCAUUACUACAAACAUAUGAUACACUCGCGCAUUGUCGACGAGGAUUGGAAACUUAAGAAUUUAGACAUGUCCAUUUCUAAUCGACGACAAAAGAUCUUAGCGAAUAAGAAAACCGAACUCUGAUUUAAGUUGACCCUGAUUGUAGAUCCUAGGAUAAAACUAAUAAUAAAAUUAAAAUGUUUA